CGUCAUCUAGAGCAUCGACUCUCUGCUGAUCAACCAAUCCAAACUCCGCCUUAUCCAGCGCGCCAAGAGAAAAAAACAAGCAGCCAAAUCUCUCUUCGCCGACAACCAACAUCGUUCCUCUCCUAAAUCGACUGCAUAUAUAAACCGAACGAAUAAAAUGCAAUGAAUCGCACCUCCCAAUCCCAUAACGUGGAGGAAAAUCGUUAGGCUGGGUUGUGUUGGGUCCAGAUGGCCGGGGUGCUGCGCUCAACGACAAAGUCCGGCGCCAUUUCCGCCGCGCAGUUCCUAGAGCAAUUCCAGACAUCAUGGACGGAGUCGCGAUUAACGCAGACAUGGUCCUGGUCCAGGCGGGUUCCGAGACGGUUGGGACUGGCAAUCAGCGGAGGCGCAGAUUCCAUGGCCCUCGCUUAUCUAUGCAGACGAAUGCAAAUUGAAAAUCUCAUUGACGACCUGAGCGUUACGGCCUUUGUGGUUGACCACAAGGCUCGCCAGGAGAGUAGUCGCGAGGCGAGAAUGGUUAUCGGAUGGUUGCGCGAUAUGGGCCUCAACGCCAGGGUCCUGGAGCUCGAAUGGACCGGACUGGACUCACCGUCCAAAGUCUCUGCAUUCGAGACACAUGCGCGAAGACUCCGUUUCCAGGCCCUGGGAAGCGCUUGUCGUGAUGCAGGCAUCGAAACUCUCCUCAUGGGUCAUCAUCAGGAUGAUAAUGUCGAGACCACGAUCUGGAGACUCUGUUCCGGUGCCAGAGGAGCCGGACUGACAGGCAUUCCGUCCGUUGCUCGUAUCCCAGAGUGUCAUGGCCUGUAUGGUGUCUCUGAAAGUGGCCUGCAGACAGUCCUCAGAUCGAACAACCUAGAACCCGAUCUCAAAAUACGGAUCGAUCAGAAAAACGAGGCGCGGAUGACUAGCUCUUCCCGGGGAAAGAAGGUAUCGUCGACAGAAACGCCUCAACACGAUGAAGACACCACCAUUUCCACAGGCGGAAUACUGAUCUGCCGUCCGCUUUUAUCAUUUCCUAAAUCGAACCUCGUCACCACUUGUAAUGAAAAUAAUAUCCCCUUCGUCAACGAUCCCACUAAUUUCGAUCCAACCCUCACCCCACGGAACGCCAUCAGGCAUUUACUCUCGACGGAGAAGCUUCCGAAGGCCCUGAGACCACCCUCGAUCCUCUCCUUGAUCGAAAGAAGCAAAGAGCUCGUAGACCAAUCCGGCGAGCUUUCAAACGAACUAUUAAAAACAUGCAGGAUCCACAAAUUCAACACCCGCGCUGGAUGGAUGGUUGUCCGUUUCCCUUCUCCGUCCAGCGAUAACAACGAUAAGAACAAAGACGAAAGACAACGGAGACACAAUCUCCAAAUUCAAGCCCUUACCCUCCGCCGCAUCACAGAGCUACUGUCCCCGUUCCCGGAGAAUUAUUUCUCGCUUCGUAGCUACGAAAAAUUCGCAGGACGGCUUUUCACUCCUUCGAAAGAAGAGAAUCGUCAGCCCUUCACAGUUGGCGGUGUGAUCUUUCGUCCUGUGAGAGAAGAGAUUGAGAACGACAAGACUACUGAUCAGAAACAAUCACAACGAAAUACAUACCUUCUCUCCAGACAACCGUACAUGCGGCAUCGGCUGCCUACACUGAACUUUGAAUUUCCAUCCCCAACGACAGCCGAUCUGAAAGACAUGGCCAAGGGGUCAAAUUCAACAUGUACACCAUGGUAUCUCUGGGAUGAUCGUUAUUGGAUCCGUUUGAAACUCACACAUAGAGUGCACACAUUGCAAGAUGGGAAUAAGGACCCAUCGGGCCCACUCCAGCUUACUGUUCGUCCUCUCCAAUCGUCUGAUCUGAAGGAAAUCUGCCGCACGCUUGAUGAAUCUGAAGGCAGGGAAGAGGCCGAAGGACGGCUGCCGUCAUCCCAGGAGUUUUUGGAUAUGCUGUCGUGGGAGGCACCGGGUCCGAUUCGGUUCACCGUGCCUCUGUUGACAGCCAGGGAACCCACGAAACCAGAUGAGUGGCCGCUAGCACUUUUGACAUUACCAGGCAGGAGCUCUCCCGGAGGGACGAUGAACCUUGGCCGGGAUGAAUCGUGGAGAGUCGAAUGCGAAUGGACGUACAAAAUGAUCAAUCCGGAGCCCCUGGAGUUGAUGGGCUGGCUGAAAGAGGUCAACAUACUGUAUAAUUAACGAUUGAUGAUUUUCAGUUUUCAAUAGAUAA